GUUCAGCUCUGUCUGGGAAGGAUGGAACAUCCCCAAGGCUACGCACAUGCCCCGGCAGCCCAACCUGCAGCAGCAGGGAAUCCUCCGCAGAACCAGGCACAGCAGCCGGUUGUUCGAGUCGUGCUCCAGAAUGUGACGGCGACGGUCAACAUGCGCAUCACCAUCGAUCCCUCUAGCCUGGCGAACAAGAUCAGGCACGCCGAGUACAACCCGAAGAAGCUACCCGCUGUGGUGAUGAGAAUACGAGAGCCGCAGGCUACCGGCCUCUUGUUCUCUUCGGGCAAGGUGGUGAUCACGGGGGCCGCGGGUGUGGAGGCCGCUCGCGAGGCCGCCCAACGAUUCGUCGCCGUCGUGGAGGGCGUAGGACUGAACCCCACGACCAACCCGAACCAGCUGCGCUUCGCGGUACAAAAUAUGGUGGCUACUUUUGAGGUGGAUGCUCCCAUAAGCCUUGAGCUCAUGGCCUACUGCCAGGCCAGAUGGUGCAUGUACGAGCCGGAGCUCUUUCCAGGGUUGAUCUACCAGACAGCGCACAGAGGGGUGGUGGCGCAUGUUUUCUCGUCCGGCAGGGUGGUGCUGACCGGGGGCAAGCAGGAAGACCAUCUCAAUGAGGCGCUGGUCAGGUUGUUGCCCAUCCUUAAUCAGUACAGACAGCCGGACGCAUAGCUUGCUACUGCGGUCACGCAAUUCACUUAAAAGAGUGGAACGGGGUAAGCCACUGGGAACACGAGAGGCGAUAUUCCCGGCGGGAGGUUCAACAGAAACCUGAGAAUCGACGGGCGCCUGACGGACAUCUGGUGUACAUACGAAAAUGGUCGAGGUGGCAAAAGUUUGGUGUUGGCACCAACAUCCUUCUUUUUCCGUGGUUUGGCCGCCUCGGUUUUUCGGCGCCGCGACUUUCCGCGAGCAUCGAAUUUUGUACAAAGUCGUUGGGUGCCAAAGUCCAGGAAACGGGUGCUAGCAGCAGCUACACUUCCAUCAUUCAAGUUGUCGUGCGCUCUAUCGACAAACCUCGAUAUGAGGGGGUGCGCCAUUUUAGCCGUGGCGUCAAGAACCGACAUGAUAUUGCCUCGGUUUGGCAUCGACGGUGUAGGCUGGCCCACAACAACUUUGGCGGAUACACGUACGGCAGUUUGGCGCUU